AUGAUUGCACUUGGCGAGCUCUCGCAGUGCGAACACUGCCUGCACCUUCAGCUGUACCGGGACAGCAAAGACCGCUACAAGCAGGGACACACAAAGGCAUCGCUCUCCCUGCAACACUUCCUGGCCAUCGAAACUGGUUUCACUCUUGACAAGGAAUCGAACACGAUAGCUAUAAUCUGUCAAGAUGUGACUGUCAUUCUCGCUUUCGACACCCGAGAGAGACUGAUGCAGUGGCAGGUUAAGAUUGUCAACAACUUAGGAGAAGACCAGCCGUUCCUGAUCCAGAUAACGUCGGCGCCGCCGCGAGCCAAGAUCUCGCCCGGCCCCGCGCGCCUGCACGUCCAGGAGCAGCGAUUCUGCCUCACGUCCGGCGUGCCGCCGCGGCUUCUCGGUUUCUGGGACAUCAGCCAGCUGAGGCGCUAUGGCGUGGUGGAAGGCCGGUUCGUGUUCGAGGGUGGAUCCCGCUGUGGGAAAGGCGAAGGUGUCCACGUGUGCGUCACAGACCAAGCCGAGGAGAUCACCAAGGUCUUCCAGAUGGCGGCCCAGGGCAAGAUCACCAACCGGCGGCGAGCGGUCACCAGGAAUAUGUCCGUUAUCGACAGUCCGAGGAGACAGGUGCAUUCCAGGGCUUCCGACGUGGACUCCCUCCAGCAGUCUUUCAUUCACAACCAGACAAUGUCCAGCGACUUCAGCGGCGACGACUUCCCGUGUCCCUGCAGCCGGCUGCACCGCGACAGCAGCUCCCCCUUCUGGCUGUCAACGGAGACGUCAGCCACGGGCCUACACAGCGGGGCGGACCUGGACAGCAACUUCGGCUGCGGCGACGCCAUGUCCAUCAGCGACUACCACCAGCAGCACCAGCAGCACCACAUGCUGCACCACCACCACCAGCACUCGCACCAGCUCGGCGAGGUGUGGCCCAGCUCGAUGGUCUCGUCCAGCCCGGUGGGGCGCGGUGCCCCCUCGUCCUCGGCCGCCACCAUGGAGCGCUGCUCCAGCUGCAUCAGCAAGCUGGGUGCCGCCUCCAUGUCGCGCUCCUCCACUUCGACCACCAGCUACCCCGUCGGCGGCGUGCCGUUCAACCCCGCCUGGACGAUGGACGUGGUGGGCGCGGACGGCGCGGCGGCUGCCGCCUCCUCGUCGCCGUGCCACCGGCACUGCGCGUGCGCGCGCAGCACCGCCAGCAGCGGCUGCGACUGCAUGUCGCUGUCCUCGCACGGCAGCAGCGGCGGCGGCGGCGGGGGCGGGGGCGCACCCUCCGAGUACUGCGUGCCGCGCUCCUGGUACGACCGGCCGCAGUCGCCGCACCUCGCCCACCAGCCGGCGUCGCUGCCGCCUCUGGUGCCGCCCAAGAGCCCCAAGACGCCGCCCAUGGCGCACGGCUUCCAGCAGGCGCAGCCCACCACCAACGCCGGCCUGCCGCCCAGCGUGGCCCACCCUGCGCACCCACCCACCGCCAGGGUGCCGCCGUUCGAGGCCUGCCGCUGCCAGUGCUGCCCGCCGUCGAGGCCGCCCAAGCCGCCGCAGCUGUCGCCGACGCCCACGCCGCCUCCGCACUCCCCGGUGACGGACUCGCCCAGCAAGAAGAAGAUCAAGAAGCCGCCGAUGCCGCUGCCGCUGGUGACGGAGCAGCCGACGGCAUCCAGUCCCGCCUGCGCCUGCCCGCACCACCCCAAAGUGGCGCUACUCAAGCAGCAGCACAGGUCCGAGGCUGCGGGCCAGCCCGUCCCGUAUGAGAACUACGACGUGCCCAAGUCCCUCCUGGGCAGCGUGCAGAUGCAGGAGCCGAAAGAAGACACGAGACAAAGUGAUACCCUGAACAGAUCGUCACUAAGCACAAGUACCACAGAAGAGUAUUACGACACUCCGAAGAGCAUCAAAGAUUCCCUGGCCUCGACGACUGAAAUGGAGAUCACCACGAACCAGUACGGCAACUACGACGUGCCGCCCAGUGUGAAAACUUUGCGUAAGCCCUGUGGUUGCGUUAUCAAGUUGUCCAAGAAGUCUGUCCUGGUCACGUCUUUGGUCGAGACGACCAAACUCGUCAUGGAACACGAAGAUCCGUCAGAGAGCGCUCCUGCCAACUGCCCUUGCCAGAAAGUGAUGUGUUGGGCGGAGAACCUAAUGAUGUUGCCCUACUGCAGGCGUGGCAACGGCAUUGAGAACACUGGUGUUCCUAUACAGAAGGUGAAACUGAGUGGCGAGGGCAAGAUGCCAGUUGUCAACACGAGCGGAGAGAUAGCUAUCUACGCGACUGUGGAUAAGUCCAAGAAGAGCAGGAAACACUUACCAUCCUGCAGCCAGGGGGCUUGUACAUGUCCCCGAGUGACAGCGGAAGACGCAGAGCAGAAUUCUUCCCAGUCGAACUACGUGAAUGUCGAUAUAGAGGGAGAGAGUUCGAAGUGUUCUACUGCUGGCGAGCAACAGACAGCUGGAGACGAAUUCUGCCAAAUGGAUACGAAUUAUGAAAAUAUUGACUUUGCCCAGUCACUGGAGUACUACGAGAAUGCCAAAGACGUGCUGAUGAGGGCAGGUAUGAAUCAGGACGCCUCAGAUAGUGGAAUUUCUGGCGCCACAUGUUCGCAGAAGUGUGAAGAGCCCUCCUCGGGGGAAUUCACGACACACUACGGCACUCACGAGAUCAUGGUGUGCAGUAAGUGUGGCCACGAGUGUCACGCUUUCCUGUCUGGCCCAAUGAGUGCGGGAAGUGACGGAGACUGCCGUAUUUCAGCACUGACCGAGAGUGCAGAAGCAGCAAGUGCUAACGCGCAAGACGAUUACCUGAUGAUGGAACCUGCAAAGAACGGUUCAGCGGGACCGAGCACCGGAUCAGCAGGUAGAAACCACCCGGGUUAUCUCCCGAUGUCUCCAGUACCUAGCGGAUCCACUGCUGCAAAGAAUGAUCUGCUCAAGCGCGCUCACCAUAGAGGCAUGUGCAACUUGUCCAGUGAAAAGUCCGCUAGCAUCCCCAGUCUGGCCAGCCCAAUAACUCAGUCUGCGGACAAAUGCUGUAAGAGGUCGGAGUUGGAGUACCACAGAGUACCUGGCGCAGCCAUGAUGAUGAGCCCGUACCUAAAGCAGCGGCUUGCCGAAUCCGACGAGCGGGCACACCAAGUGGUUUGCAGGAAACGAUCGAGUUCCGCGGAUUCGAGAAACCCAGAGGCCCUAGAAGACGUGAACAGCGUUAUUCAGUCAAAGAUGUCACCGGCUCCAGUGAGGAGAGUGUGCGCGAACGCUAUGUUCCACAAAUGCGAUCCAAAGACUGAAAUGAUUUCCACUACAGAGACUGAAGUCUCAUCGGCAUGUGACGUUCACAAAGAAACUCCGCAACCUGAUGGCGUCUCAUCCAGACAAAAGGAAGAGGCAGUUGCAGCAAGCCAGCCAGGGAGCUCCGAUGAAUCCGUGCCCAGCUCUCGCCGACCCAGCAUUAACAACUGUGAGCUGCCAAUAUCGGAACAACCCAAGGGAUCUCACACUGCGGUACCAGCUUCAGUCCACAUUCGUCGGUCGUCGAGCGUCCCUUGCAAGUCCGGAAAUAACCGCGACUCGUCCAGCUCCAAUGAUUCUGGCGUCUCCACCGGUUCUCUGAAACAAGGAGGAGGUGACUUUUCCGAAUUUGAGCUGCCCCUGACGACGUCCGUGUCAGCGAAGAAGCACCAGUACAGCUUAGCUAGGCAUCCUGGCUAUGUCACCAACUGCUUGCACUCCUCGUUACCGAGGAGAUCCAAGUCAGUGGAUCCUCUCAGAGACAUCACCUUCCAGUUCCAAAAGAUUAAAGUUCCAGCCAAGUCUUCUUCGGCGGAGGCUGAAGUUCCAGUAUGUCCGAAAGCUAGAGGCUUCCAGAGUCCGGGCGGCGAGAGCGCCGUGGUUGCGCCCUACAUGGACUCUCGCAGUACCAGUAGCGGCACAUCUGACAUGUCCGACUACAUCGAGACUCUGUCGGUCUCCUCUCACAGCUCCUCUGACGUCCAGGACGCUCUACUAUUGGGAAGACAAGCCACAACAACGCUGAGGCCGAGGUCUGGAAAGGAAUAUCAGCUAAUCGACCGGUCGAUACUUGACGGCGACAUGAAGCAGGGCGAUAAAGCUGGCCACCCACUUCGCACCAUCGGCGGGCAGUACGCCAACAUCACCCCGGUGCCAGAGAAGUCCGAAUCGCCCUCGCCUGGAUACAUGAGCGGCUCUCCAGGCCAGGAACGGGACGACCAGCCUCUCAUCUUGCACAACUUCGCAACAAAGUAGAGCACCAUCACCUCUGCGUUGUGGCUGACGUGCGUCAGCGAGUGCCGAUGGAAGCCAUUUUCCGGUACCUGUAGGAGUGUGCUCAGCAGCAACUUGGGCUCAUUGACUGGAGCUCGUCACAUCGUAUGAUGAAGGCAAGGAGCUCCUCGAUGACUGCUGUUGAGAGUUUGAACUGUGUAUCAAGGUGCAUCGCCUGUCCAACAUAAAGACCAUUUCAGAAUACGUUCUUCUCCUAUUGCAGGGGUCCUAUCUGUGUAUAUGUAACAAAUUAAUGUCAAAAAGUGUACUGCAUUCGAGAGCGUAAGAAGUAACAGUAUAAAAGAACGGUCAUAGUUCUACAGUGGCCAUUCUUGUGGCAAAUUUAGUUGAAUGGUGUUGGUAUCAGGUAGCACCAUUUUUGAUAUGUGUCGACCACGGACGUAGGCAACAAAGAGACUACAAAAUCAUGUACACCUUACUUGAUUUACAGAACGCUACCGAUUUCAUUUCGCGAGUUAUAAUAAUGGGAAACAACUCAGCCUUUAACAUGAAGGCUACUCUGCGUCCUCCUUCCGUCAUGACCUGUGACCGACAUGGGUUAUCUUUCUAUUCUAGGUAGUCUCUAUUAUAUCCUAACCGAAAAUCUGAAUUCACUUACAAGUAAUGUUUUCACCCAUAAAAGAAAAAAAAACAUUUCUGUUGUUUUCAAGGCAUUUGAAUAUUCUAAAACUGCCAAUGUAUGCUUUACAUUCGUUGAUUUGCAUUUGAGAAUGGUAAAUACCAUUUUAAAAAUAACAUGGCCAAAAAACGAAGUACCAAAAAUGAAUAAAUCUGGGCAUAUAAAAUCCAAAAUCUGUUCACACGUACUGUCACAUUAACUCGAAACAGACAGUGUUGCAGCAUUUCAUAUACAUUUUGUUUAUUUGCAGUUGCUAAGGUUUUGCAGGGAAAAGUUUCCUUUUUUGAAGGUAAUGUUACCUCAGCUAGGUACAGGUAAACUGAUAUUAUGAAACAUGUAAAUGAAAUGUAAUAUACUUUUUUAUAUGUUCAGCACGUUUUUUGAUAUUAGCCACUGAAGAAUUAUUUUGUAAUUUUCACGAAAAUUUAAUAAGUUAUGUUAAUAUUUUUGUAGUGGUUUUCAAUUGCUGCUAAUAAUGACAUUUAUUUCUGAAGAUACCUAUGAAAUUUGCUCACAACAGGAAUAUGUAUUUGAGCUUAAUGCAUGAUCACAGAUAUUUCUUAAAUUAUCUCUUCCCAGUAAAUCUUUUAUACAUAUUUUGAUAUAAUUGACUACCUGGUAUUUACUAGUGAUUUGAUAUUUCUAAUCAUACAGUAGAAUUUAUUUAUCAUGAAAAAUUGUGGAGGAAAAUUGUUCUUUCACUUUUUUAUUCUUAUAUACCCCUUUUAUAAAGUAUAAGUAGAAAAGUGAUGAGAAAUUGUUUUCAAUUUUUAAGGGGACGUACAUAUAUACCCAUUGCUAAUAUUAUAGUUGAUUGAAAUAUUUUCUACUAUUAAAACUGAAAUGAUGGCAGUUAUUUUGUAUGUGUGUGCAUGUGCGGUAGAUGCGUAUAACCCAAUAGAAACUAGUCACAUGGCAGAUUUUCAUUUUAUUUCAUGUGCACCACUGUGACAGAGUUGACAAAGAGAAACAGAAUUUUUUGAGAUGUGUUGGUAUGGAGUAUUGAUGAAACUGAUUGGACAUACUAUCAGAAGAAUUCAUCCAGUUCCUGUACAGAUCCAUAAUGGUUGUACUUAUUGUAUUUAAGAAUUUUCUGUGGCUGAUGUGGAUACAGUGAUAUAAUCAUGCCCCUUAACUAACAAUGUAACAUUUAUCUUAUAAAGGAGAAGGACUAGUAUGUUAGAUUUCAAUCCAGAAUUAUUCCACUGUUUUGUUCUGUUAAUUCCUUGCUUAUUAUUUUACUUUUGUGUAAUGGAUAUCAAUGAUGGAUGCUCCUUUCUAUGACUGAUUACUACAAGGAUAAAUUUGUUUAGCUGAGUGUACAGAAUGCAAUAGUUCCAAUUUCACAAAGACCUCAUGUUGCAAAAUGAAAAUAAACAAUGUACAUAGUCUUUAAAAGUAAAGAAAUUUUGAAAUUAAAAUCAUAAAUGUGAAGAGUAGAUGUAAGCAUCACAACAUGAUGUUAGCUAACCUGUAAGUUUUUGAGAUUAUACCACUUUCAAACCAUACUGCCAGACUCUUUACAGAGACAUAUGCUUAUGAGAGACAUUCCUUGCCAUCUUUUAAAAGGUUACUACUUAAGAUGAAAACAUUAUAAGUAUGCUGGAAUUAAUUUUAAUCACUUUAUCAAAAAUCAGUUAGCCCCAGUCCUCAUUUACUGAUCUGCAAAUCUUCAUGUGAUUAAUACUGUUCAAGGUCAAUGUAACAACAGUAUAUAAAC